AUGGCCCUAGUACACACCACAAUUUUCUCAUGGUACCGCCCACCUGAUGUCCUGCUCGGCUCCACUGAAUAUUCGACGCACAUCGAUAUGUGGGGUGUCGGGUGCAUUUUCUUCGAGAUGGCGACUGGUUGGCCGUUGUUCCCUGCUUCUACCGUACAGGAAGAACUGACUCUUAUUUUCAAGCGACUUGGUGGGUCCGAUUUUGGGGCAUCUUUUUACUUGGUGCUUUCUUCUCUGGACUCUGUCGGGUCAAGUCGCACUUAA